CUUCGAUUCAACAGUAAUAACCCUCAAUCAUAACUUCAAACAGUUUACUAAUAUUUAAGAUUAAAUAAACUGAUGGAAAAAUGUAAUAUUUUUGCUCAGUUUAUUGCCAGCUGGCUUGGUCUAAUCGUGCUUUUCUAAUUACACCUAAUUAUCUCUUAAAUUCAACUAAUUAAAAAAUUUGAUUUAACAAAAAAAAUAUAUAAAUAAAUUUUUAAUUUUUUUUGAUAAUUUAAUUAAUCAUGAAUUUAAUUAAACUUGAGUAUUUUUUUUUUUGUUAUUUAACUGUUUUUAUUGAGGUGAUUGUUGGUGAAUCAACAGAUGAUACAGUUGAAACAUCACCAGAAUAUUUAAAAGAAAUUGAAUCCAAUGAAGUGACACCGAUUAAUUCAACAGCCAAAUUAAAUGUCAAUGAUUAUUGGAUGGCUAGAGCUGGUGUUAUAUCAAAUGACUUGAUAAAUAUUCAGGCGGUUAUUGUUAAAGAUGAAGAUGCUGAUACUUGUUUACAGGGAAUACAAAAAUCAACAAAACGAUACAUGAUGUGUGCCGGAUCCAUACUAACGAAGAACCGGAUCCUGACUUCGGCAUCCUGUUUACAUGAAGCUUUACAUAUACGACAUAAUGUACGUGCUCCUCUUGCUGUUGUAAUAGCACCACUAAAACCAACCGUGCAGAUAAUUAGAGUUACUGAAUAUAGAAUUCAUCCAAAUCAUAAUACAAAUCCAUACAGUACAAAUUAUUCAAAACACAAUAUUGCAAUUUUAAGUUUAGCAUGUAAAAUUGAACAAGCAAAUUAUUUUAAAAUUGAAUUACCAAAAGAAUCAGUUGGAAGUAUUUGUAGAGAUGAAGAUUGUGUAGUUGCUAUUUAUAAAAGUACUAGUUACACAUCACAUGUUAUGUUACAAACACUUGCACCACAAAUACCCUCAGUUUAUCGAAAACGUCGUCAAGUUGAUUCUGAAUUAAUGAAGUUUAAAAAAAUUGUUGAGACAGUUAAGAGACUUGUUAAACGAUCAACUGAUGGUUCACAUUCAUGCGCACAAACAGGAGCUGCAGUGAUGCGAAAUAAUACACAGGCAGCUAUUGUGGCUGUGUCAUGUGAUGACCGUCAAGCUGAAGCUAAAUGGGAGUAUACUGAUAUUUAUAAUAAUGAAGAAUGGAUUCAUAAUAUUCUUAAUGACUGGAACCAAACCAAUUCAAAUGGAAUACCACAAAUUUCAGGAAAAAAUGGCACAAUGACGAGUGGUUUGCCAAAUAAAAAUUGUGGAAAUUGUGUUUUUAAUUUUUAUAUUACUGUUGGUUGUAAAGAAAAAGGUACUUGUCCUGAUCAAAAUAAAACCGAACAAGUGCCAACUGGGAGUACUUGGAAUACUGAGGUUAAUAAUGCUCAAAAACCACUUCGUCGAUUUAUGCCUACUGUUGAUUCAACAUACAGAACCAGAGAUCCAUUCAAUAGAAGAGUUUCAAGAUUUGAUAAUGAUUCUGUACAAGAAGAAUUUUCUAAAAUUGAUACAGAUGAUACUGAACUCAUAGACAUCACAACAAUGAGCCCAUGGAUGCGUAAAAAACUCGAAUCAAUUAGUAAAUAUAAAAUAAUUAAAGUACCAAAACGUAUAGAGUCCAAUGAAGAAUUGAGUAAUUUAUUAAAAAGAAGACAAAUUUAUUCAACUAUUCAAGACAAAAAAAUUAAUAGAAAAAUUCAACGUUAAUACAUAAAUUUUAAUGAAAAAAUGUACUAUAUUAUCUCAACGUAAAUAAAAUUAUAUUGUGUUUAAGAAAAGUUUAUGUUGCGUUUAAAAAAAUUUCAUAUGAAUUAUUAAUUUUUUUAUAAACAUAAUUUUAAGUACUAUAAUAUACGAUUAUGUUUUGAGCACAGUUAAUUAAUGAGAACCGUUUUUUAUAGCUCCAUUUAGUAAACAUGCAAAAAUAAACAUUGGUCUUUUGAUUUUUUAUGUCAAAUACUUUUAGUAUUAACACGUUCAUUAUGCAAUAAGUUCUUAUAGAGUGAGAAUUGUUCUAUAAUCGAAAAAAAAAUUAUUCUACUUUUAAAAAAUAUUUUAGUAAUUAAAAAAAUAUUUUUUUUUUAUUUAAAGAAAGUUUUAAAUUAAUUUGUGGAUUAAAAUUAAAAUUAUGUCAAUUAAGUAUAAAAUGUAUUUACAAACAGUAGUUAUUUUAGUGAUUGCAGUGACAUUUGCUUCGAUUGAGUGUAAUCAGAUGGAUAAACUUGAAAGGACCUCGAGUA